GCGCGCAAGCUCAUCAAAGGUGGGUGCGUACAUACGAUCGCGGUAAAAAUGACGGGCGUAAUUAAGUGCAAUUCGUGUAACAUUGUCAUCGAUGAACUGUUGGCUUAUGUGCAAAAUAAAGUGUCGUUAGUGGACGAGAUAACGCUUGUGCGGAUAUGUAAGUCUGCGUUCUCCAGUGAUGAAAUCAAAAACUCGAAGUCGUUACUGUUUGACUCGAUUCCGACGGUGGCCCGCAAGAUUAAUCGAAAAAGUAAAGGCAAGGAAGAAAGGGACCUGCUAGACAUUUUUAAUGUGUUUAAGUCAACAGAGCCGGACGUAAUUCCGGUGUUUGUGGCGAGACAGCUCGAGCGUCUACCACCGAUACUAUUUAAUAGUCUGGAUUGUACCAGGCUCUUGAAAGAUAUGCUCAAGUUUCAAAAUGAUUUAGCUGAGAUUAAAGAGACUUAUGCGACUUUGGACCAGCUGAAGGGGUUGAAACUCGAACUCCUAGCGAAUAAAUAUGAUACGUGUCCUUUGACACCUAUCUGCAACGUUAAUACGAAGCGAGGGGCUGCCUGGGCUCUGGAUACUAUGGAUAGCGGACCUGUGGGCAUUCUGCAGUGCAACUCGACGCUGGAUAGCUAUCAUGACCGGGAACAAGCAACAAAUAACGAUCAUCCGAAUAAAAAGAUUUGGGAGGUAGGCGCGCAAAAAACGACUCACGGGUCAGCGGUUGAACAACGGUCAUCGGGUGAUAAGAGCGGCAACGACGACGCGGCAACGCUGAGCGGCGGCGUUGCCAGACCGAAACCAGCUGUGCCCGAACGUCAGCUUAUUGAAGAUACCGUAAACAAUAGUGGCGGAUUGGUAAAACGCGUAACACAUGAGCCAUCAUCUAUUAAAUUGCUAGAUCCUCUCUCAAAUAAUGAGGGGAAAUGGGAGAAGGUCGAGAGCCGUAAAAAACAACGAAAAUAUCGUUAUCAUGGCAAGUACGGUAUCGCACGGGACCUGCAAUGUAAUUUCAAAGCGGCAGAGAGGAAAGUUCCCGUCCUCAUUACAAACGUACACAGGGAAACUACGGAAAACGACAUUAUUCAAUACAUUUAUGGUCAAACAAAAGAUACAGUGUCGUUGAAAGAAAUAAACAUACAAAAACGGCGUGACUAUAAGGCAUAUAAGAUGUACGUAUCUAAAAACAAAUUACACAUGUAUUUGAAUGAGAAUUUGUGGCCUGAAGACAUUAUAUUCAGACGUUUUGUAAAUUAUACGAACGGAGGGAACUCUGUGAUCGGCCUUGAAACUAAGAUAAAUGCAGAAUAAUACAAGUAAGGUUUGUACUUUUGC